AGGAAAUAAUUCAGGUAAAGUCUUAUUGAGGGCAGCAUCGCAACUUGACACACUGUUCAACGAUUUAGAAGAAAUCUCUCAGUUUUUAGGUCAGCUAAAGAAUGUCAAACUUCGUUUUCUGUGUUUUCAUUGUAUCAAUAUUCUUUUUCGACAAAUCACUGGCGUUGAGCGACGAGGUGCAAGAAAUGGUGAAAAUGUUGCACGAUUCGUGUGUCGAAGAAACGGGCGUCACGGAAGCUUUGAUAGACGGCGCCAGAACUGGCAAUUUUGCGGAAGAUAACAGUUUGAAGUGCUACAUGAAGUGCCUAAUGAUGCAACUGUCAGCCUUGACCGAUGACGGAGAUAUCGACGUAGAAACAGUCAUUUCAAUGUUACCGGACGAAAUGAAGGCAGAUGGUGAACCAAUAAUACGAGCUUGCGGUACUGUCAAGGGAGCUGAUGAAUGCGACACCGUUUUCUUGACCCAAAAGUGCUAUUAUCAGCAGAGCCCAACAAAAUACUUCUUGAUAUAAUUUGGUCUCCACUGAAUCUGGAUAGUCUGUAGACCGGAUACAUUUGGAACGAUGAAAUUCAACACAUAUGAGAUUCACAGAAUAAUUAUUGCACCUUUCUCACAUUUUUUUUUCAGUCGCAGAGGGCUACAGUUCGCGAUAUAGUACCACUAAUAAAAUUCAAAACCCUUAUUUCAACAUAUUUAUACGCAAAAAGAAUUAUGUGGCAUAAGAAACAAAAAAAAAUACACAUAUAAAAUUUUUCUGAAGAAAUCAACAUAUGUCACGAGUUUUCUUAGAACACUGCGACAAUACUAUAUAGGUAAGAAGUGAUUUACCGAGAACACAGCUUCUUGUGGAUAAUUUUAAAAGUUCCACUGUAAUUAUCGAGAAGGAAAACGAAACCACUUCGAUGUUAACAUAAAUGCAAUACCUCCGGUCUAUCAGUACCCAUGGUACUUCUGUCGGCAGUCAAUAACUCAUCGUUCAUAUCAUUCUAUGAAGGUGUUAAAGUUAAGUUUAUACUGGCUAACGAUUGAUUUAACGUGUAAUAUAACUCAUAGGUGUUAUAAAUUAUAAAAUAUCCUAUGAAAUUAAAAUUUUAAUUUCGUAGCUCUUGUUGGUGGUUGAACAUAAGCGGUACCGUAGUAAACCAAUGAUGUGUAUUAUAGUAAAAUACGAUAUGCUUAUAACGAA